AUGACCAUAGCUGACCAAAAGUCGUCGUCCGACGGAAAAGUCUGGGGCUUCUUCAAGCGGCCGUUUCGGCCGUCCGGGAACACCGCCGUUACGACGUCGUCCACAUCGUCGUCGCACAACGCUCCUCAGCACAGCAACGGUCCUCAAGGCGACGGAUCAAAUCCACAAGCUACGAAUUCGGUGUCGUCCGUCGCCAGGUCGCUGCUCCCCACUCGCCGUAGACUCAAGCUCGAUCCCCACAAUAAACUCUAUUUUCCUUGUGAACCUGGAAAGCAGGUUAGGAGCGCCAUUAGAAUUAAAAACACAAGCAAGUCAUUUGUAGCUUUCAAGUUUCAAACAACUGCACCAAAAAGUUGUUUCAUGCGUCCUCCAGGAGCUAUUCUUAGUCCUGGCGAAAGCAUUAUAGCAACUGUAUUCAAGUUUGUGGAGGUUCCGGAGAACAAUGAAAAAUUGGUGGAUCAAAAGAGCAGGGUAAAAUUUAAAAUCAUGAGCCUGAAGGUGAAAGGAGCAAUGGACUAUGUACCCGAGCUGUUUGAUGAGCUGAAGGACCAAGUGGCAAUAGAGCAGAUCCUACGGGUUGUCUUUCUAGAUCCAGAGCGUUCUACCCCGGCUAUGGAAAAACUGAAGCGUCAAUUGGCUGAUGCUGAUGCUGCACUUGAGGAACGCAAGAAACCUCCAGAAGAUACUGGUCCGAAGAUUAUUGGAGAAGGGCUCGUGAUAGAUGAAUGGAAGGAGAGGAGGGAAAGAUAUCUUGCUAGGCAGCAAGUGGAAGGGGUGGACUCGGCAUGA